AUGGCAUCAAUACAAAAAUGGGCGAGAGGCCUUCUGCGCCGCGCCUCAUGGGUCCCUUUACGUUUUCCGACGACUGGCUUUGAAGUCAUCCCCGCGACAGAAUUACUCGGAGAGGAACAGUUCGACGAGUUCAAGACGGGCAACUACUACCCAGUCAACGUUGGAGACCUCUUUGCCUCGGACAAGUACCAAGUCGUCGGCAAGUUAGGAUUUGGGUCAACCUCGACAGUCUGGCUCGCCCGGAAUCUUCAGGAGCAUGAUUAUAUCACUUUGAAGAUCUUCGCGCGGGAUCAUGGAGACACAUGUAGGGACGAAUUUAAAACCUACCAAAUUAUCGACAAGGCAAACCCUGCCCACCCAGGACACCGGCACGUGAGAACCGCCCUGGACACAUUCACCAUCGGCCGGCCCGGAGGGGAUCACCAGUGCAUCGUCCAACAGCCCAUGUGGGACAGCUGGAAGGACCUACUCCUGCGAAACCCGACGGGUCGCUUCUCCGAGGCGCUACUCAAGGGGGCCUACAAUAUCUCCUCCGCGCCCUCGAUUACCUACACACCGAGUGCAAGCUCGUCCACACAGACAUUAAAGCCGACAACAUCCUGCAUGCCAUCGUAG